AUGAGGGCAGGCAGCCACGACACAGCAGAGGCCGCCGUUCAGGCAACGGCAGAGGUCGCCAUUCAGGCAGGCCCGCUCACCAGCGGCUACCGAGGCGAGAGGGACAUCCUCCAGCUGCGGCGGCAGUUCCAAGGACGGCUCCAGCAGCUGCGCAGCCAGCUGAUCCCGGGCCUCCAGGACUGGCGGGAGGAGCUGCUGGCCGCGGUGCGCCUGGCGGAGGAGCAGGCGGCCGAGCUGCGGCAGCGCUGCGCCGAGGCGGAGCGCGAGGGUCGGGAAGAGUUCGAGAGGACCAUUGGGAACCUCAAGGCGGUCGAGGAGCCCAAGAGGACGAGGCUGCAGCAGCAGCGUGAGAAGCGGGAGGAGCUGGUGAGGGAGAUCGACGAGCUCACCAAGUCGAGGGCUCGAGCCCCGUCGACCGGCGCGCGGGUUGCGCUGCUGAUCGACGGCGACCAGCCCCUCGGAGAGAUGGUCGUCAAGAGGUGCUACGUCACGACGUCGAAGGCACGGGACUGGGGGCCGAGCCUGCAGGAUGCCGGCAUUGAUGCCGUUGUCGUGCCACGGAAGGCUGGUGGCAGCAAGGAUCCCGUCGACUUGGAGAUCGCUCUGGAGGCCGCCGACUUGGCACUGGGGCCCAGUAGGCCAGACCUCUCUGCUCUGGUGAUCGCCUCCAACGACGUCGAUCUCAUCUCUGUGCUGCGGUACGUCAGGACAGCGGCCGAGCAGUCCGCUAGUGGCCAUGUCGGUGUGCUGCCAGGAGUCGACCACACGUGA